CAUUAAUUUUCUAAAAAUGACAGACCAAUCCCAGAGCUAUGGGGAACAAAGCUAAGCUUUUGACUGCUAAACAUUUUCGUGGAAAGCUAACCUCUUUUCUCCAUCUUUCUGUUCAUUUGUUUCCCACAGUUCUUUAAGUUUUCUAUGAAUAAACUCAUCCCCCCCAACUCUAAAUUUGUGCAGACUGACUUUUAGGGUGCUCUUCCAAAUGUGGGUAUUUUUGUUCAUCAGUUUCUAGACGUGGGUCGUGAUCUAUAUAUUCAAAUUGGUUGGAAUCUAUUCCUUUUACAGUGUCGAAAGAAGUUGAUAUGGGUAUUGAUGUAAAGGGUGUUGAAGCUUGGAUUUGUAGAAUCCUUGAGUUUUCCAUCAAUAUCAGCUAUAGAUUUAUACAGAAUCAUCCAUUUGCUUUUUCGGUUUCUAUGUUCUUCCUCCUCGUAUACAUAUUUCUUCCUUUCAUCCUCAACUUUUUGGCCUACACUUCCCCAUUUAUAGUUUGUAUUGCUAUUCUUCUUAGAAUCUUUUGGAGUUCGGAACAGUCCUACAUCCGUUGUGUCAAAGGAGAUGGAAGAAGGAAAAAUGGGAUGUUACGCAAGAAUUCUGGGUCUGUUGAAUAUGAUAUUGCUUUCAAUAGAAAUGAUUGCUCUUACUUACAAAGGGUAACAAGUAGGCGAAGAAAGAACAGAGAAAUGGAUGAACAAACUGGUAAGAACGAAGAAGAAAGUUAUUCUUCUAAACAUGGAGCCUCUUCUGAUGUCUCGGCAGCUGAAGAUAUUCGAAGUCUUGAUAAACACCGCCCAUUCUUAUCUUCCGAAGAUUUAGAGUCCCAAAUCAAGUCAAGUGAUGGCACACGACAAGCUUGUAAAUUUGAUGUUGGUGGUACUAGGAUAGAGGCUCCCAACAUGGAAGAAGCAGACGAUGAUGAUGAAGAGGAGACACAGGAGGAUAGGAAUAGUGCUGUGAAAUGGACAGAGGAUGAUCAGAAAAAUCUUAUGGAUUUGGGUUUUUCAGAGAUAGAAAGGAACAGGAGGCUGGAAAGUCUAAUUGCAAAAAGAAGAGCGAGAAAGUUAUUUAGCAUGCAGGUUGAAAGGGGCUGGGGUGGCAUGCGCAGUGUUCCUUCUAAUCAAAUUUCUCCAAUUUUUCUUGCAAGAAACAACACUAUUGAUCUAAGUAUUCUAGACGAAACUGAAGGCUUAGAAUUGCCUGAUACAGCUCCUUCUAUUUUGUUUCCGAAACAGAACCCAUUUGACCUUCCCUAUGACCCACUUGAAGAAAAGCCUAAUCUCAGGGGAGAUAGUUUUCAUCAAGAAUUCAUGGCAGCUCAUAAGGAAACGCUAUUCUGCAGGCAUGAAAGCUUCAGUUUAGGACCUUCUUUCCCAUUGGAAUCCAAGCAAGAUCGUCGCGGCAAAAACUUUAACCCUUUUUUUGUUGCAGAGAGGAAAGGGGUAUUGGAGGGAUCGGGAUACCCCAAAUUCAAUAGGCAGCCAAGAAUUGGAGACCAUGAUCAGCGAAUGGAACAAUUCUUACAUAAAGAAGAUAUUCAUGGCACCCCUGGUCUUGUUGAAACUGGAGCAGAAGCUCUCAAUCAGAUAAUAAACUCAGUGGAAAUCACGCAUGAAGAGGAUAUAAAUACCAAAAAUGGUCCGAAUGGCAUCAAAGGAGAGGACGAAAUGGAAAGAUCUCACGGCAUGGAGUCGUUAAGCAGCAGUGAUGAGUCAAACUCAUUAUCUUCAUCUAUAGAAAAUGAACAGAACUUCAAUGCUUAUGUAGCAGGGGUUUUAGAAGAUGUGGAAUCAAAUCCUGCUCAAAAGUCUACAAGUUGUUUACUGGUUGAGCCUGAAAAUGACCCAUUUGAUUCUAGCCCAUCAGCAAAUGAAAUGAACAGUAUGGGUGAUCGGGGUUUAGUUGUUGGUCAGUGCUCUUAUCAUACUUCAAACUGCUCCAUAGCUUCCGAUUUGCAAGUGGAGGUCUCAGAAGUUGGUUCACCUCCACUAACAGUAGAUGGCUCCAAUUCAGCCACAGAUGGAGAAUCAUUGACAUAUGAUGAGGAAAGUGAAAAGGAAAACACUUUUGGCAGUGAAGAAAUGUGGGGAGCCUCAUCUCAUCAAUCUGGAAUAGAGGAAAAUGAAGAAGAAUCAAGAGGAACACAUGAAGUCAGCCAGGGGAUAUUGUAGGAUUAGAAUUGUCCCGACCCA